GUAUUUACAAGCGUUUCACACCUGCAGUCAGAGGGAAGGAGGAAGGUCAAGUAUGCCAGCCAUGCAGUGAGUGUCACGGUGCACGAAACACGCGCACGCAGAGGGGCACCGCACCCAAUACACAUACAUGCAGAGCCGCAUCCAUCCAUCCGCACGAACGACACGCUGGGUCGAAUCGUCCGUCAGGGAAGCUUCCCUCCCUGCCUCCGUCUGUUGGCCACUGCUUGCCUUCCGUCCGUCUCCCCUCCCCACCACCCACCACUCAUCGAUUUGAACGAAGAGCAGCGGAUGGUGCGGCAAGGACGGACAAGGCCAGCAGUGAUCGGCAGACAUGAAAGCAGGGUUUGCAAGAAGACAUACAUCGCCACCCACCGUCCUGUCUGUCUCUUCUCCUCUGGAAAGCCGCAGCUGGUUUGCACUCCCCUGCGAUUCCUGCCAACCGGCAACGGCUGUCGAUUUGUCAAUGUCCUCACAAACCGACAACCAUCACCGCUGCGCAGUUCACCAGCGGAUGCAAACCAGGUGCCGUUCGUUCAUUAUACACAUCGACAGCUCUCUCGUCCCUCCCUAUCUCUCUCCCCAGCGCGCCAAACACUAAUCUAGCAAGCUACACACCACGGGCGGGCAGACACCGCCGAUCGUCCAAUCUCCCCCAGCCAGCCCAUCCCUCUCCUCUCACAUGAACCCCUGCGUGUGUGACUGGAAUGGCGACGAGUGCGUGUGUGAGGCUGAGGCGGGGGAGGGGCCGCGCAUGCCGGGGAGGUUGUCGCCCAGCACAUCUUGUGGCUUGAAGUGCGGAUUGUCGCGGAACUCUGAAGGAAGGAGACGGGCGGGCAAGACAAGAGGCGUUGGUUGUACCAUACCAUGUGUGUGUGUGUGUGUGUUGUGUGUAUGUGCUGCAAUGCAUGUGUGUAAGGUAGGUACCCAUGUAGAGUGUGAGGAGGACAUGCAGUGACUCGACGAGGUUGGUGUAGCAGGGGAUGUCCAGGAUGCCGCACAGCAGACGGACGUAGUCCUUACCACACAGACAGAGACACGCACAUGCCAUGCAUACCCAUGACACACACACACGCCCAAACAGGUCUGUGUGGAUGGCAGGCACGCACCUGCAUGGGCAUGUCCAGGUCAGCGAGGUUGAGGUACUCGAGGACGGAUGACGUGCCGUCGGGGCUGGGCGACUUGAGGAAGUCCUCAAAGUCAGUCGGCCACUCCUGCAUCAGACGCUCGAUGUCAGGCAUCCUGCACACACGUAACGUACACACACGUGUAUAUAUGCGCAUACUCUUUCCUUCUUCUCUCGUGGAAUGAAUAUGUUCUCUCCUGACUGACCUGCGUGUGUAUUGGACGGUGGGUGGCGGCCGCGUGCGGUGCAGAUCGCUGAUGCGAGCAAUCCAGUUCGCUAUCUGACACCACACACACAAUGUACGAGGGAGGAUGCAGUGGGACUAUGUCUGUAGAUGCGUGGACGGACACCCAUCCCACCGCACCGACUGACCUCCUUGGGAUUCUUCUCCGCACUCUCGAUGGACCGUAUUUCCAUUGGCUGCAGGUUCGUCUGCUUCGAUAUGGACCGCAGUUUCUGACAAGACCAGCAGCAGAGGCCAUUUAUGAAGGACUGACUGGUGUGGUGUGGCCCCACUCCCCCUCUCUCUCUCUCUCGCUGACCAGUUCGAGUACGGGUGGGUCGCUUUGGUUGAGUGCCGGCUCGUCGAGCUUGACAAGCCCCAGACCGUCAUCCUUGCCAUCCGGCCGCGGGAUCUUGAUGAACGCAUCAACCUCACCUAAACACAGUCAUUGUGACACCAACACAAAGGCCCUGCCUGCCUGCGUGUGUGGGGUAAUGCAAAGAAUGCUCACUCACCGACGGCCGGGAUGAAGUCGGGGAUGAAUGGCUUGAGUUUGGUCUCCAGCUCGAUGCUGUGCGGCUUGUACCUUGACACACACAGACAGACAGGCAGACAGGCAGACAGACAGACAUCGACCCAUGUGUCUGUCUGCCUGUCUGUGCGGUCGUGUCUGUGUGUAUCCUGUGUGUGUGUCUGUGUGACACCUUCUGAUGUAGUUAAAGAGCUCUUUGACCUCUGAGCUGACGUCGAGGUUGGCAUAGUCGCUCGGGUUAUAGCCACCUGCACACAGACACAUACACCAAGCAUGCUCCAUCCUCUCUCUGUCCAUUCAUGCCGUGAGUGGAUGCGUGGAUUGGAUGGCUUGCCUUGUAUUGGUGGAGCCUCUUCGUCUUCCUCUGACGUCUCCUCCUCACUCUCCUCGUCCUCGUCAGUCUCACGCUUAGCCAGGCCACCCUACACACACACACACACACGCACACAAAGAGACAGACAGACAGACAGAUACAUGAACGCAGAUGCGCAAAUAACGGCCAGCCACCGACCCGCAUCUCUCUCUGUGUGUGUGCUCAAUAUGUUACUCACCGGCCUAACUCCGCCCCUCUCGCCCCCGGGCCCGAACAGACCCCCGCUGUCAUGAUCCUUUUUGCCUGUCGACUCAGAAUCGGUCUUGCCUGCACACACGCACACCCAUCCGCAAUCACACACGUGCUUGUGAGCAUGGCAUGGAUGCGUCUGUGUUCCCUCUCUGUAGUAUAGGUACUUGGAGGCAUGGCGGGGUUCCUCGAUGCUGGCUGUGUCGGUGGCCGCUCUUGGCCGGCGGACACGGCGCCGCUCCUGGGAGUCGACAAGCCAGAGUCUGAACCAAGAGACAGACACACACGGGCGAGCGUGUCUGGGACAUGCUCGGGCCACUGAAUCUGCCUGUCAUCCAGAGAAACAACCACAACUACGUGCCCACCUCACCAGAUUGGUCCUCCACCUCAAUGGCUUCGUCAUAGGGCUUGUCCCUGUGUCUGGACUCGCUGACGACGCCUCCCGCCUCCCGCCUCCUCCCCACUCCCCUGCCCUCGCUGCCCUCCUCAUCGCCCAUCUCAAAGUCGUUAUCCUGAUCUCCGCGCCGCUGUCGCAGCGCGCCCUGCAGAGUGUCCUCUUCCUCUUCCUCGUCUGUCCACUCGCCCUCGCCAGGCCUGCUGCUGGACAUCGCGAUGGAAGAAACAGGGCAGAAACGCCCGGAGCUCGCUUCGAUC